UUAACUUCCUCCUCAUAUAGAGCUCCAUCAAAUCAAUCACCGAUCUCAAUAGAAUAGUUUCUCUCUCAGGACUUUCCUCAGGCACGUUCCGUGCUAUAUAUAUUAUAUAUGUAUUAGACGUAGAAUUAUAGUUUUGCAGUUUCUUUCUGGCUUUGUGCUCCUGCGACAUAUCGGUGAUGGAGUUUCUCGAGAAAUCCAAAGCCGUAAAGCUUCGGAGCCACCUGGACAAGUACCUCGUCGCUGACGACGACAAGGUUGAGGUCCGGCAGAGCCGAAACGGGGCUUCAAGGAAAGCACAGUGGGUUGUGGAAUUGGUGGAAGGGAAAGACCGGUUCGUGAGGCUGAAGAGUUGCAACGGCCGGUACCUGACCUCGACGACGAUUCCGUUCUUGUUGGGGAUGACCGGAAACAGAGUGGUUCAGGCGGAUUUGGAGCCGGGUUCGGAGUUCACCCACCAGUGGGAGGUGAUCCGAGACGGGUUUCAGGUGAAGUUUAGGAGCUGGUGCGGGACGUAUCUCAGAGCGAACGGAGGAACGCCACCGUGGAGGAACUCGAUCACGCACGAUGAUCCGUACAGUUCUUCGACUCAGAAUUGGGUUCUGUGGGAUGUAGAGAACGUGAAAUUGCUUGAGGAUUCUGAUUCCUUCUCGUCGUCUGUCUCAGACGGUUUCUGCGUCUGGGAGCCGCCAUCUCCGAUGGCCGUCAUCUCCGUUAAGUCGCCGAUGAAGAAUUCCCAGUUGCAGAAAAAUUCCGACAAGUUCAUGAGCGGCAUGGAUUUCUUCCUGAACGCGAAGGCUGUGCGGCUCCGGAGCCACCACGACAAGUACCUGCUGGCGGAGGAAGACGAGGAGUCCGUGACGCAAGACCGAAACGGGUCAUCCAAGAACGCCCGAUGGGUUGUGGAGACAGUACCCGGAUACGACUUCGUGAUCCGACUCAGGAGCUGUUAUGGCAAAUACCUCACCGCCUCCAACCAGCCCUUCUUGCUCGGCGUAACCGGUCGGAAGGUGCUUCAGACUCAGCCCGGGAGGCUCGAUUCGUCCGUCGAGUGGGAACCUAUAAAAGACGGGUCUCGGGUCAAGCUCAAGACCCGGUACGGGAACUUCCUUAGAGCCAAUGGAGGCCUGCCACCUUGGCGAAACUCCGUGACCCACGAUAUUCCCCAUAGAACCGUCACACAGGAUUGGGUCCUCUGGGAUGUGGAUGUCGUAGAGAUCCAUGUUCAAUCUUCUCCUCGUCAGAAUCCCUCGGCUCCACCUCUGCCUCAUUCCGAUUCUUUCGACUUCGAACCCUACACCAAAUCUCUCCAAUUUUCCAGGCAACAGUCGAGUGAUUCAAAUGUGAGUUCGCCGAGUAAAGCGGAGGGACGAAUCAUAUACUAUCAUGUGGCUGAAGACAACGGUUCAGUGGAAGAUGAAGGAAUGCAAGGAUAUUCUCUGGUUUUCAAAGGGAGUGGAGUGGAAGAAUUAACUCGUAAAUUUGAGGAAGAGACGGGGCUUGAGGGAAUUAUCGUCUGUUGUCGUAGUCCUUUGAAUGGAAAGCUUUAUCCUCUUCGCUUGGAUCUUCCUCCGAACAAUGUCACAAUGCAGGUCGUUCUGGUUCUUCCUGCUUCAACAGUGGCACGAGAAUUCGAGCAACAAGGUUUGCUGUGAGACGCCCAAGUUAUUGCAAUUUAAAAUCUAUUCAAAUCCAAACAGCUAUGUACAUACUAAUCCAAGCCGAUUCAGAGUCUUUGUGGAAGCAUUUUGGACUAUGUGUUGCAAAGCCGCUUCAAUGGAGAUACCUUGGUAACAGAGGUCAUAAUUUCAAUACAUCACAUUAUAUACGUAAAUAUUUGGAUGCUGGAUUUUUGUUAAGGCUCAUCUAUAGGGUCUAGUUCUAAAAUGCCUCAUUGGUGCUGGAGCUUCAGUGGUUUGGAAAAUUUCUGUUUUUUUUUUUUUAAAUAUUUAUAUCUAUCUGAGUUGUAUAUAAAACCUUUUUAAAUUAGAGAGUCGAAUCCUUUUUUUUUUUUUUAAAUUUACGAAAUAUGAACUUUGUCGGUAGCAUUUUCGAUCAAGCCUUAGUUGGGGCUUGUUGGUUGUUUCCCAUUGGGAAUAUGUCUCGGUUCUUCCGAUAUUCUUUUAUUAUGCAGUCCAUA